GUACCGUACCUGUUCUUUGUACUGUGAGUGCCGUUUGCCCGUUCCUGCGUCUCGAGCCAGCUUCCAGCCUGUUGUGGUGUGCCUAUCAGGGACAGAAGAACCCUUCGGGGUCCCCUUUCCGCCACCGCUCAGGCCGAGCCGGACCAACGCUAGCACGCGAUCAUUAUUCGCCUUUGUCUGGGAUCAUCCCGGUGACCAGUCUUGCUUAUGCUGUCCUCCGUUAGAUAAUAAAUACAUCGGAACCUAAGUCCUGUCCUCCACUCGAACUUUUACGGUCCUUGGGCAACCUACUCACCGCCCUUUCCUUUGGGACUCGCACCACUCUUUUAACACCCGAGAGCGUUGUUCGCCGUUGCCCACCAUGCACGGCUACUCGUCGUCCUCCGACUCAGACGACGACUACUACAACUACCGCAAGCACAAGGGGGCCGCCCCUGCACCGGCCAACUCGAACGAUGCGAACAAGAAGAAGAAGAAGCGGAGGCUGCCGCCGCAGCACAGCAUCAACCGCAUCUGGAAGCGCUUCAGCAAGAAGCGGUUCGACAAGGCGCUAGCGGUUCUGCCCUUCGACCCAGUCCUGCCGCCGACCAUCUCCGAUCGUUCCAACGAGCUGCUGAGCGCCGGCUACGAGCGCGCCGCGGAAGAAUGCCGGCGCAAAGUACGCAAGAUCAUACAAGAGUGCAGGAGAGUGAACAUGCGGUACCGAGAUCCGGGUUGGGAUAUUGACUGGGACCUUAAGAUGGAAAAGGGUCAUUGUCUCAACAGCCUCGGCCGCACCAAGUUCGAUCUGAGCAUGUCGACCCUGAUGAACCCGAAUGCCGUUGUUCCCAAGGCGGUGAAGCGGGUCCACGAGAUCUUCGAGAAGCCCACCUUCAUGGCCAACGUCAGCGGCUCCGACGUCAAGCAGGGCAGCCUCGGCGACUGCUGGCUGAUGGCCAGUCUUUCCGGCCUGGCCAAUGUGAAGGACGGCAUCCAGCGGAUAUGCGUUGAGUACGACACCCGGAUCGGUAUCUACGGCUUUGUCUUCUACCGGGACGGAGAGUGGAUCUACUCGAUCGUCGAUGACAAGCUCUACCUGAAAUCGCCAUGCUGGGACUCGCCGAGCAUGCAGCGCGAUCUGUUGCAGCAGAUCGACCGUGAAGACGUGGAGCGCGUAUACCGCAAGACAUAUCAGACGGGCUCCAAGGCGCUGUUCUUUGCCCAGUGCAAGGACCAGAACGAGACGUGGGUGCCGCUCAUCGAGAAGGCCUACGCUAAGGCGCACGGCGACUAUGCGUCGUUGGCGGGAGGCUGGAUCGGCGAGGGUCUCGAAGACCUCUCUGGCGGUGUCACGACGGAGCUCCUCGCUUCCGAUAUCCUCGACUUGGAUGGCUUCUGGGAGAACGAGCUCAGCAAGGUCAACGAAGAGUUCCUGUUUGGCUGCAGUACCGGUCUCCUCGACGGCGGCUACGGAGAUCGUGACGGAAUCGAGGAAGGCCAUGCCUAUGUCGUCAUGGAGGCGCGGACGCUGAAGAACGGCACCCGGCUCGUCAAGCUGCGGAACCCCUGGGGCAAGACGAAGAAAGGCAUCUGGGAAGGUGCCUGGUCUGACGGCUCCAAGGAGUGGACGACCGAAGUGCAAGAGGAGCUUGGCCACCAGUUCGGCAGUGACAGCGUCUUCUGGAUCUCGUACGAGGACCUCCUGCGCAAGUACCAGCACUUUGACCGCACUCGUCUGUUCCGCGACCCGGAGUGGCGCUGCUGCCAGCGGUGGGUCGGCGUGGACGUGCCGUGGAAGCCGGUGUACCAUGAGAUGUUCCACAUCAAGCUGACGCGCGAGUCGCCGUUAGUUAUCGUGCUCAGCCAGCUGGACAACCGGUACUUCAAGGGCCUCCACGGGCAAUACUCAUUCCGCCUCCAGUUCCGGAUCCACGAGCAGGACCGGCCCGACCCCGAGGACUACAUCGUCCGCAGCCACGGCAACUACCUCAUGGACCGGUCCGUGUCGAUCGAGCUGCCGGCCAUGCUCCCGGGUACCUACAGCGUCUUCGUCAGCGUGGCCGGCGAGCGCAACACUGACGUGCCCAGCAUCGAGGACGUCGUCAAGCGUGAGUGCAAGGGCCGGACCGAGAACGAGAAGCUCGCCCAGGUCGGAUACGCGUACGAUCUCGCCCACAGCAAGGCCGCCGCCCACCUCGCCGCGGUGAAGCAGGCGCGCAAGAAGGCCGACCAAAAGAAGGCCAGCGACGCCCGCAAGAAGGAGCGGCACCGUCUGUGGGAGAAGCGUCACCUCAACCGCCAGAUCACCAAGAAGCAGGGCCGCAAGAACAACCAGAAGCUCGAGGCCAAGCAGGCAGCGCGCGAGGAGAAGCGGCGCAAGGCUGAGGAGCUGAAGCCUAAGGAUCAGGGUGUACAGACGGAAGACCUCCCCAAGGAGGAGAAGAAGGACGAGAAGCCUGCCGAGACCAAGGAGGAACCCAAGGAGCAAUCCAAGGACGUCAAGGCGUCUGAGGAAACGGCGAAGACCGAAGACAAGCCUUCUGAGGACAAGCCGGCCGACGACAAGAAUGAUUCCGACAAGAAGGAGGCUGAGGCCGAACCCAAGAAGGAAGAUUCCCCCCAGGACGCUGACAAGAACGAGGACGACUCAUCGGCUGACAAUACGCCUAUCCCGACUCCUGCCGAGACACCCACCAUGGAGGCUGUUUCGCAGCUUGCCCAGGCCGGCAGUCAGGUCGCUAGCUCGGCUGGCGAGAGCGAGGGCAAGAAGGACCAGCCCAAGGAUGCCUCGGCUACUGAAGAGAAGACCCAGGAGACGGCGAAUGACAAGCCCGAAGACAGGCCUGAGGAGAAGGUUGCUGAGAAGCCCGAGGACAAGGCUGCCGAGAAGCCUGAGGAGAAGCCCGAGGUUUCCUCCGGCAGCUCCGACUCAUCCGGCAGCCCCAGCCCGACUCCCAAGACCGACACCUCCUCCACCGCACCAAGCACAGAUGACAAAGACAAGGAGAAGGUGCCCGUACCACCGUCGACCGACGACGCCAAGGUGUCAGGAGGUCCGCCACCACCCCCUCCUCCUGCUAGCAAACCCUCGCCUCCACCCCCAGCAGCCAAGAAGCCGCCCAACAUGUACGUGACAUCCGACGGCGAAUCCAGCGCGUCGCCGAUCGACGACUGGGAGGAGCUGUACAGCAGCGACGAUAUGUCGCGCAAGCCGCGCAUGGCAGCGCCUCCUCCCGCCAACACGGCCGCGGUAAGCAAGUACCGCGACGACACCGACGACGAGAACGAGCCGGACCCGUGGAACGCUAUCUGCGUGGUCGGCUUGCGGGUGUAUUCCAAGGACGAGGACCUCGACCUGCAUGUUGUCAUGGAGGGCGGCGAGCUGGAGGAGGGCGGGAUGGGCGAGAAGGGCGGGGUGGAUCUGGAUAAUGCGCAGGCUAAUGCCGGUGGGGCGCGGAAGAAGCAGGAGGAGGAGGGGGAGGGGGAGGAGGUGUAUGAGGGUGAUAGUGAGGUUGAUAAGAAGGGGAAGAAGAAUAAGAAGAAGAAGAAGGACGAGGAGAAGAGUGAUUCUGAGGGGGACAAGGAAGAGACUAAAGAAGAAGAGAAGACCGAAGACGAGAAGAAGAAGAAAGAGGACAAGACGGAGGGUGGACUGGCGCCGAGCCCGGCCGUCGUUGUGCCACCUGGCAAAGGCGACGAGGAGUAUGAGACGGCGUUGGAAUACGAGACGGCUGCCGAGUGAUACUCGACGCUGGGACCAGCAGCAUCUACUACUGAUGAGAUCUGACGACACUUUGGAAUACCCCGGCAUAUAAUGCAUCUAGAAUGCUUUGCGCGCAGACAGAGGAUAGAGGGAGUGGGAGUACGACAGCAUGAGGAUGGAAGUUUUAAUGUCUUUUCUGCUUUUCUGGGUACUUGGUUGGGAGGUUAUAUAUACGGAUCACAGUUCCGCUCGGUUGGCAUGUAACUGUAUAGCACGUUCUUCUCUUGUUGGUAUAGUCGGGCUUGUUUACAAAGCGCGGCAUUGAAUGUCCCCAAUAAAACUGCCUGGAUAUCAUCAACCUCCC